AUGCCUAUAUUAAUUGACGAAAGUGACAAUCAUUCCAGCCUACAGUCUCAGCCACCUGCCAAUCCCUUGCCAUCUUCCCCCGACAUCAUCAACUUUGACUGGGGUCUACUCGACAACCCCUCACAUGUUGUUCUUGAUCUGCCACCUGAGCAGGAAGCAGUUGCCUCAAUAGCGCUGGCUGCUCUUGACCACUUCAAUGCACUCUUGGAUUCCUCAAACGAAGACCUUGAAUGGUCGGAUGCUCCCAGCAACGAUGAUUUACCGGAGGUCACUGUGAUUGUCAACAAUGGUAUUGAAACAGCCAGUCAUGGACGCAAACGUGCUCGUACUGCAGACCAUACAGCAACCUCACGGCGGUGGUUCCCUUGGCAAGACAAGGUUAGAUGUACCCUGGAUAUAUUAAUGCAUUUACCCCGCUCAGUUUUCUCGCAGAAACAACUUGAUCUGUUUCUCUGGCUGCUCAAAGUCAAUGAUGUGGAUGAUGCCCCAUCAGUCAAGGCCAUGCAAAGUCUUAAUUCCGCUUUGCAGAAGUGCUGUGGCAUUGGGACUAUUGCUUACAAAGGAGUGCUGGGGCAUCAUUACCAUGAGAUGUCAAACCCCAAGGGUUUGCGCUGGCUGCGUGAAGUUCCAGAUGAGCAGCUCACACCUAUGGCACGGCUCAACAGCCACAAUUAUUACAUACACAAACCUGCAAUGCUCUCGGAUGGCUGUAAUGACCAUCCAAUAAUGUUUGCCCGGUGCUGGGCCAUGGAACCUGUAGACACAGACCACCAGCGUAGUUGGAAGGUCAUCAAAUGUGAUGAUUAUGUGGUUUCGCAGAAUGAGUUCCUCAUGAAUUUCCCGCAGCUUUCCAUUGUAGACUCCAAGACAUCCUCAACUUCCAAGUGGGCAUUUACAGAUCUCAAUGUUGGGAAUCAAUGGCGUGCACUGUUGAAAGGGCACAAAGUGCUCAGUUUUCCAAUAUGGAUGUACUGUGAUGACACGUCCGGUCUUCCACAAUCCGAGGCCCAACAAGAAUACAAUUAUCAACUUUCUAGCAAUGCACAAAAAAGUGGUGUUUGGUCAUGGGACUCUCAAACAAAUGAGCCAGUCCUUCUUCUACCCUUCGUACUUGCUCUGUUGGGAGACAAUCCUAUGCAGAGUGAAUUUGCUUGCCACAUAGGACUGCAUGGAAAACUUUUUUGUCGUGCAUGCUGGGUCAAAGGAAUUGAUGCUGGUACCAACAUCCUUGAGUCAGCAGGCCAGCGUGUCCACCAAGAAAGCAAUGGAGCCAAAAGUGAUGCAGACAGCCAAAUGGCCAGCAACAACAGUGCAAAUGAAGGAACAUCCAAUCCAGCUAGUGAAACUGAAAGUGUACAUUCAAAUACAAUAAAAUGCAAGCGCAGACAAGGGCUGGAGACCAUGGCUAACAUGCUUAGUAGUGUUCAAGAUUUUGUCAAAGUUGGUAAACCUCAAAAAAAGCAAGAAACAAUCACUCAGUUGCAUGCCCAAUUUGUUCAAGCAUCCCAGCUUGAUUCAAAGACAAAAGUUGACAAGAUGCGCACAGAAUCUGGUAUCAAAGACACCUUUCAGAAGUAUUUUAUAGAUAAGGUUGUUGGUUUAUACCAGCGUUUGAGAGGUGUGGCAAGCAAAUAA